AUGGUCAAGCUAUUCACUCGGACACUGCGAUAUCGAUUUACGUAUUUGCCUCCAACUGUGAAGUCGCGAGUGGUUGCAUUCUAUCGUGGUUCGGAUCCUAUUGACGCGAUGUAUCAGGAUUCAACCCUUUUCGAGCGAGAAAUAGGACCGAUUGUAAUGCAGAUGGUGAACGUGAUAACAGAACGUAACAAGAAAGGAGAGCUGUGGCUGUCUCCUCCCAACACAGAGGCUCGCAAGUUGGAAUCAACUUGGAGCAGUGAAAACCGUCUCAAACGAUGGGUACGAAACUUUGACUCAAAUCUCUUACAAUGCGACGACACGACCAUCAUCGAACGAAUUCUUGAGCAUAAAGUUGUCGAUGUCACUCAAGUUGACUUUCGUCUAUAUUUUACUCAUAUGCGUGAAAUGAAAUUAAGCAGCAACAUGCUGGAAGAUAAGCGUCAGGUCAUCGAUAAGGUAUGCUCAAAGUGCGGAAAUGAGCAAAUGCUGCGAUUUUCCAUCAAAGAAUACAUUCCAGUGUGCACUCACGACGAGAUUUGGGUGAAUAAAGAUUCUACGGACUAUCUUGUGGAAUUCACUUGUCCAAAAUGCGGUUAUCGUUUUCAGUCCGAGUCGUGGAUUGAAUAA